AUGGGUGUCACCAAGCCGUACCCCGAUGAUGACUCCAAUGCUACCAAUCACAAACUGGAACAAGUUGAAUAUGUCUUCCUCGUCAUCUUCACCAUCGAGACCUUCACUAAAAUUCUUGCCUACGGCUUAGUCAUGCACCCCAGCGCCUACAUACGCAGCGGAUGGAACUUGCUUGAUUUUGUUAUCGUCAUUGUCGGGUUGUUCAGUGUGAUAGCAGAGGCCAUGACAGAUCAUAAGCCAGGAGAGGCCCAUCAUGCUGCAGGAAAACCUGGAGGCUUAGAUGUCAAAGCUCUCAGAGCAUUUAGGGUGUUGCGACCGCUUCGACUUGUAUCUGGAGUGCCAAGUCUACAAAUUGUGUUGAACUCCAUCAUGAAAGCCAUGGUGCCCCUUCUCCACAUCGGUAUGCUUGUCAUGUUCGUCAUCAUCAUCUACGCUAUCAUCGGCUUGGAGCUCUUUAUCGGCAGGAUGCACAAAACGUGCUACUCCAUAGGCUCAGGUCUCAUGAUAGAGGAUGACCCAUCACCUUGUGCUUUUGCCGGCAGCGGGCGCUUUUGCGUCAGCAAUGGGUCUGAGUGCAGGGGCAAGUGGGAGGGUCCCAAUGGUGGCAUCACAAACUUUGACAACAUAUUCUUCGCCAUGCUGACAGUUUUCCAGUGCAUCACUAUGGAGGGUUGGACAGAUGUGCUGUACUGGAUGAAUGACGCCAUUGGAUUUGAGAUUCCAUGGAUCUACUUUGUUUCUCUGGUCAUCUUUGGGUCAUUUUUCAUCAUCAAUCUUGUAUUGGGUGUGUUGAGCGGAGAGUUCUCUAAGGAAAGAGAAAAGGCUGUGGCGCGUGGAGAGCUGCAGAAGGCACAGGAGAGCAAGCAGAUGGAGGAGGACAUGAUAGGUUACAUGGACUGGCUCAUAGAGGCCGAGGAUGUGGACGAAGAGGGAAAUAAACGUGCUGCAAUCGCCAAGAAAAAAAUGAUGAAGAAGUUUGGCUGGUAUAAACACAGUGAAGAUGGAGGAGAGUCAGACUCCGACGAUGAUAUAGCAUACCUCGAUGAUGACAGCGGCUUUUGUGCUUCUCUCAUGGCAAAGAUGAUGGCCAAUAGCUUCUGUGACCAGUUAUGUCAGCUGAACCACACAAUGAGGAAGAAUUGUCGUGUUGCCGUCAAGACCACCAAUUUCUACUGGUUGGUGCUUCUGCUGGUGUUCCUCAACACUGUGGCCAGUGCCUCCGAGCAUUACGGACAGCCAAAGUGGCUCACAGAAAUGCAGGAGCGAGCCAAUAAGAUCCUGCUGCUGCUGUUCACCCUGGAGAUGCUGAUGAAAAUGUACGCCUUCGGCCUGCAGAUCUACUUCAUGGCGCUCUUCAACCGCUUUGACUGCUUUGUGGUGUGCGGUGGCAUCCUCGAGACACUGCUUGUAGAGAUGGAAGUCAUCCCGCCCAUCGGCAUCUCUGUGCUUCGCUGCAUCCGACUGCUCAGGAUAUUCAAGAUGACUCGGCACUGGGCAGCCUUGUCUGACCUGGUCAACUCACUGCUCAACUCCAUGAAAGCUAUCUGCUCCCUUCUGCUCCUGCUCUUCCUCUUCCUCAUCAUCUUCGCCUUGCUUGGCAUGCAGUUGUUUGGAGGCAAAUUCAACUUUGAUGAGACCCAGAUGAAGAGAAGUACUUUUGACUCCUUCCCCCAGGCUCUGCUCACCUGUUUCCAGAUCCUCACUGGAGAGGACUGGAACGCUGUGAUGUACGAUGGUAUUAUGGCCUACGGAGGGCCAAUCUUCCCCAAUAUGGUGGUGUGCAUUUACUUUGUCAUCCUCUUUGUCUGUGGUAACUACAUCCUUCUCAAUGUCUUCUUGGCUAUCGCUGUGGACAACUUGGCAGGAGGCGGCGGAAAGGAAAAAGUCGAAGAGAAAAAGGAAGAGGAAGAAGAAUGGGAUGAGGAUGAAGAGAAAGAGGAUGAGGAUGCAGCGAACGAAGAGGAUGAUUGGCAGGAGAACGAGGAACUGAGGGCCAUCGAGGGACUGGAAGGAGUUGCUCCAUUGAAGCCGGAGUUCUCUGGGCCCAAAGAAAAGAUCGUCCCAAUCCCCGACGGGAGCUCUUUCUUCAUCCUUGGAAAGAAAAACUGUUUGCGAGUCGCCUGCCACAACCUCAUCCAUCACCCCUACUUCACCAACUUCAUCCUCAUCUUCAUCAUCCUCAGUAGUAUUUCCCUGGCUGCUGAGGAUCCAAUCAAAUCUCACUCAUUCAGAAACAUUGUGCUCGGUUACGCUGAUUAUGUCUUCACAUCAGUUUUCACAGUGGAAAUCGUACUAAAGAUGACGGUCUAUGGAGCUUUUUUGCACACCGGCUCCUUCUGUAGAAAUGCCUUUAACCUUCUUGACUUGCUGGUCGUCAGUGUGUCGCUCACGUCCUUCUUUCUACACUCAAGUGCAAUCUCUGUGGUGAAGAUUCUUCGAGUGCUCAGAGUGCUCAGGCCCCUUCGAGCCAUUAACAGAGCCAAAGGACUGAAGAAUGUGGUGCAGUGUGUGUUCGUGGCGAUCCGAACCAUCGGCAACAUCUUGAUUGUCACAACUCUCCUUCAGUUCAUGUUUGCAUGUAUUGGCGUGCAGCUCUUCAAGGGACGAUUUUACAGCUGCACAGAUGAAGCAAAACACACUCCAGACGAGUGCAAGGGAACUUUUGUGGUCUAUAAAGAUGGAGAUAUGAACCAUCCCAUGGUGAAAGAGAGGGUUUGGGAAAACAGUGAUUUCAACUUUGACAAUGUGCUAAUGGGCAUGCUGGCUUUGUUUACUGUAUCAACAUUUGAAGGCUGGCCACAGCUCCUGUAUCGGGCUGUGGAUGCCAACGCCAUAAACAGAGGACCCAUUUACAACUACCGAGUAGAAAUCUCCAUCUUUUUCAUCAUCUACAUCAUCAUCAUUGCCUUCUUCAUGAUGAACAUCUUCGUGGGUUUUGUCAUCAUCACAUUUCGAGAACAAGGAGAGGCUGAGUUCAAAAACUGCGAACUCAACAAAAAUCAACGCCAGUGUGUGUACUACGCUCUGAAAGCUCAACCUAUAAAGAUUUACAUUCCCAAAAACCCAUCGCAGCUCAAAUUCUGGAAAAUCAUCAACUCCAGUCAGUUUGAAUAUGUCAUGUUUGUGUUGAUUUUGGGCAACACCCUCACUCUGGCCAUUCAGCACUACGAGCAGUCCAAACUAUUCACUUCCGUCAUGGACCUCCUCAACUUGAUCUUCACUGUGGUUUUCACAAUAGAGAUGAUCAUCAAGUUACUCGCUCUUCGGGCUCAUCACUAUUUCAUUGAUCCUUGGAACUCAUUCGAUGCUCUGAUCGUGGUGGGGAGCGUGUUGGACAUUGCAGUCUCUGAGUUUAGUGGAGGAGGCGGCCACGGAGAGGGUAAAGGAGAAAGUGGAAAAGUCUCCAUCACGUUCUUCCGUUUGUUCCGAGUGUUGAGGUUGGUCAAACUGCUCAGCAAAGGAGAAGGUAUCCGAACCCUCCUCUGGACUUUUGUGAAGUCUCUCCAGGCUUUGCCUUAUGUCGGCCUGCUCAUCGCCAUGAUCUUUUUCAUCUACGCUGUGAUUGGCAUGCAGUCAUUUGGGAAAGUGGCCGUUGAUGACAACACACAUAUUAACAGAAACUGCAACUUCCAGACUUUCUUCCAGGCUGUUCUGGUGCUUUUCAGAUGUGCCACUGGAGAGCAAUGGCAGGAGAUCAUGUUGGCAGCUCUGCCCGGUAGACGCUGUGACCCAGAAUCGGACACUGAGCCUGGGGAAGAGUACAGCUGCGGUAGCAACUUGUCCUACAUCUACUUCAUCAGUUUCUUCAUGCUCUGCGCUUACCUGAUUAUCAACUUGUUCAUUGCUGUCAUCAUGGACAACUUUGAAUACCUGACACGUGACUGGACUGUGCUGGGAACUCACCACCUGGAUGAGUUUAAGAGAGUUUGGUCAGACUACGACCCUGAAGCCACGGGUCGUAUAAAGCACAUCGAUGUAGUCACUAUGCUGCGUAGGAUUCAGCCACCUCUUGGUUUUGGAAAACUGUGUCCUCAUCGAGUCGCUUGCAAGAGACUGGUUUCUAUGAACGUCCCACUGCACACUGAUGGGACAGUCACCUUCAAUGCUACUCUGUUUGCUCUGGUGCGAACCUCACUCAAGAUCAAGACUGAAGGCCCCAUCGAUCAGCAGAAUGAAGAGCUGAAGGUGAUCAUUAAGAAGCUCUGGAAGCGCACUAAACCCAAGCUCAUAGAUGAAGUUAUUCCUCCACCUAGAGGCGAUGAGGUGACUUGUGGGAAGUUUUAUGCCAGCUUCUUGAUUCAGGACUAUUUCAAGAAGUUCCGCAAGAGAAAGGAACGGGAGAGGAAAUCCAAAAGGAAGGACAAGGCAGCUUCACUUCAGCAAGGGCUGCGGACGCUGCAGGAUCUGGCUCCAGAGAUGCGUCUGGCAAUGGCCUGUGACAUGGAAGAAGAGGAAGGAGGUGAUGAGAUAUUCGACAGUGGGCCUGGAACCUCAGCGACCACCACGCCCGCCACUACACCAAUCCCGCCUAUUGACAUGUUUAUAGACCAGACAAGUGUGUUCAUCGAACCAGAGCCCAAGGUAGCCAACGGGGGCGUGAUCACAGAGCAGGUGACGGGCAUGGAGGAGCACCAGAAACCAGGAUCAGAGCUGGCUGGAGUCACUGUUGUAACAGAGCAGCCUGUGAAGUCCAAUCCCCUGCCCAUCAGGAUGGACUCCAUCAGUGAGGUGCCUGCUCCUGCUCCUGCUCCUCCUACUCCUCUCCCAGAGAUAAUAGUUGAAGUGGCAGAGGUCAUACCUGAACCAGAGCCAGUCGUGCCACCGACACCUACAGUAACUGAGCCGGUUCCCUACAGUGAAGGAGAUGCUGCAAAUGUAGCAUCAGUGGACGGGUACGUGUAUCCAGAGGCCGUCUCUCCUGUACCAACUGAGACAGGCUACAAUGAACAGAUUCUGGAAAGAGUUGGCAGCAUUGGAGAGAGGGAGAUACCAUAUGAAACUCCUGAUCCUAAUGGCUUCGUUAGCAACGGCUACGAUAGCAAUAACAUGAAUGGAGGGAGUGUUGCUGCAAGUCCCAGUCCCUGUCCCACAAAUGAAUAUAAUGGGAAUGGAUACACAGGCUACAAUGACAAUGGCAGCUAUAUCAGCACCAAUGGCAAUGGGAGUACUCUGAAUGGCUGCAAUGAAAAUGGCUCCAGUGUCAGUGGUUAUACUUCAAAUGGCUUCAAUGGAAGUGAGAAUGGCGGCAGCUCACAGUUUGUCAGGAGACGGUUACUUCCAUCCAUACCGAAAGGCCAUAGGCCUGCUUUUAACUUCCAAUGUCUGAGGCCACAGAGAAGUCUGGACGACGUCCCCAUCCCAGGAAACUACAGCGGGAACAUAACUCCAACCAGAUCCCGUCUACAGCACAGCCUGGACUCUCGGCCCAGCAGUGUGUCCUCAAUGUCGUCCGCCUCCUGGGCUAACAAUAAAUCAGCUAGCACCACUCCUGUUCCAGGAAUAGUCCCCCCCUCAGGGCGCAGGGGCAAGCUGAUCUACACACCGAUGAUCCUGGUGGACGAAGCCACCGGCAUUAGCCAGCAGGUGUGGAAUGACGGCUCUGCCAGCCUCCCUGUAGGAAACCGUCCCGGCUGGUACCCUGGUCAGACGAGAACCUUCACCAGCAUGAGGACACCACCUGUCAACCAGGGCUUUGUAGACAGAGGCAGUGCAGACAGUCUUGUUGAGUCGAUCUUGAUCUCCGAGGGUCUUGGUGUCUACGCCAGGGACCCGAAGUUUGUGAGUUUUGCCAAGCGAGAGAUUGCUGAAGCUUGUCACAUGAGCCUGGAUGAAAUGGAGAACGCUGCUUCUGACCUGAUAGCUCGGGGAACCAGUCAGUCGAUUUCUCGCUUUGAGGAUGAACUGGCUGAUGAAAUGAACUGUGUGAUUUCUUACUGA